AUGACAAUAUGUAACCAUCGUAACGCCGAGGACACUCUACCAAUACCCCUCUUUUCGGACAAAUCUCAACAGGGUCACAACGCGUUGACAUUGCCAGCUGAAAUCAUCGACGUCGUUGUGGACCAUUUGGCCAGUGAUACAGAUCAAAACUCCUCUCGCAGAGCACUCCUAUCAAUGUCUCAGGCUUCCAGAGGGCUUUGUAUGCGAGCUUAUCGUCAUAUUUUUUCGACACUCCAACUUACCCUCGUCCGAGAGCACGAACCAAAGCGCUCUGAGGCAAUGGACAAAAUGUUGGAGCGGUUAAUCGAAACACUUUUAUGCGGUAUAAACUUUCCCGGCCUUGGGCUGGUGUACUAUCUUCAAUGCGUGUCAAUCACGUUGAAAUUCAAUCGCAGAGAGAACAUACCACUCCUCGACUCUUUUCCUCUCCUGGCCGAUAUACUAAAGGCGUUUCAUGGACGUGACCACGGAAUAGUCAUGCUUCGACUCCAGGUAAACACUAGGACUCGUAUGGGCACUGUCGUCAUUCCUCCUAUCUACUUGUCUGAAAGGUUGAACCCCAACUUCUCAAAGGCAUUUUUUGAUCUGUGCCACUCACCUCGGCUGAAGACGCUACAUCUUUCUCAAGUGGGCUUAUUCUCAAGGACUUUAGGCUCCACAUGUAUCGAGAACAUCCAUCUUCGUGAAAUCACACUUGAGGAUGAAAACCCUGGCCGCGUUGUAGAGGCCGAGAAUGUAAAAACUUUUCAGCCUGUUUCCAUGACUCUUAUUUCUACGCGUAGGUUUCGGCACUUGCCUGAUCCUACCAUAUACAGCCCAGUAGCGGUAUACCCGCAAAACGAUGCAGGGUUGGAGGUUUCGAACCUGGUGGAAUACUUCCUUCCUUUGGAUCACUAUCAGGCUCAGACGUUCGAAUCACUGACCAAUCUGACCCUCUUGGAUCGGGACCGCAGUAAAAUUCAGCUCGAGCUUCUACCAAAUCUUCGCCAGCUCAAAGUUAUUCAAAGGCUUACAUUUCAUGCCGUCUCACGCUUUGGGUAUUCGAACCUGCAUUCUUUCUUUCAAUCAAAUCAGGGAGUCUCUCGUAAUAUCGGGUCGACUAAAAUCAUUGUGGUCGAGACCGACAUUCAUUUCCUUGGGAUGUUUAUGAACGAUAAUCGUCAUGAUGAAAAAGGCUUCUCAUUUUCUCGCCUUAAACCCACAAAAGAAUGCUGGGAAGAAGUUGACGUACAUCUGGCUUCUGCGUACACAUCACUGGAGCAAAUCAAUUUCACGUUCAGAUUUCUGGUCAAAUUCGACGAAGGAUUACCGUCCGGACAUACAUUGCACUCAUUUGUUGAAGAAAACACUCGCCUUAUAUCAGCUUACUUCCCUCGUUUAUCGAAGUCGCCAAUUUUUGCGUUGAACGUACAGGUAGAUAAUCAGGAGUACCCGUUGGUUGUGCCUGGCAUCGACUUUAGGCCACUCUCAGAAGCAGUAAAGGUAUAA